AUGGAUAGAAGUGAUGAAUAAGAAGAAAGUAUGAUUGAAGUUUAGCCUUAAUAGUCUCAGGCUAUAGAAGAAAUAAAAUUAGAUAACAAAGAAGCAACAACGAUAAAAUAGUUAAAAUAGAUUUUAGAAGAAUCAGAUAUUGAUUGGGAAAGAGUAGAUAUUAAUUUAUAAAUAAGAUUAAAAAUAUAUAAGGAAUGUAUUUAAUAAUGCUUGCUUUACAAAAUAUAUUUUCACUUUGGAUAUUAUUAUUGCUUUACCUCUUGAAUUUUGGAAAGAACAUAGCAGAUUUAAUUAGAUAUCCUUUUGACAUUUUAUUUAUCUUCCUUUAUUUAUAUUGUCUUGUGUAAAUUCAAUAUAAGUAGGAGGAUUGGAAAGUUCCACCAUUUAAUUAUUUAUUAUACGUAUUUAUUGAUAUGCUAUCAAAGUUAAUAGAUGAUUCAUUCAGUUACUAGAACAUUUUUAUCAAUAUAUGUAAUAUUUAGAUUUCCAUAUAUUCAUCUUGAAAUAGUUUAUAUUAUGUUAACAUUUGAUUUUAUUAUUGUCUAUUUAUUGUUUUAAAUAGAUAAAAAAAAUAAAAUUCAAUGUUUUUUAGCUAAGGAUUAUUGGUGGAGGUAAGAAAUUAUUAUUAUUUAAGAGCUUUGAUAAUAUUUAUGAUAUAAGAGAUGUUGGUUAAUACAGUUUAUGCUGUUUAUUCUUGGUUUGAAGUGUUUACUUGGUUUUUGGUUUAUUUUAUCAUAUUAUGUUAUGUUUUAUGGGAAUGUUAAAUGAUUAGAUACAGAUAACACAUCAUAUUCCACUUUAAUGCUUUUUAUUUAGGGUAAGCCUAUUUAGAUAGUGAUAUAUUAUUUCCAUGUUCCUUAUUAAAAUUAUUUAAGCAUUGA